UAAUAAGCCAGGCCUUAUAAAAUUACCUUGCGACAGCUGGACGUCGGCUAAAAGAAGGUUGUAAGUACUGCCGCAGACGGUCCCGAAUAUUCAGUUCUCACAAGUCGACACUGCAUGGCACUGAACAGAUCCAGUGACUUUGAAAUUUUCACGUCACAAGCCCGUCCAUGGCUGUUCUCCACGGAUAAGUAUAUAGUCUGAACACCGGUACGACCUGCUGCUGUUAUCCCGCGCUCAUUGUGUUUCAAUUCCAAUCCAGUCUCGGUCCGACGAUCUUGUUCAUCACAGCCUGAGCCUGAGAACGGGCCGCCCUAUUCUUUCAAAUUCAUUCCUUCCCUGCGAGCGUGCCUGCAGGUGACAAGUGACCGCAUCACCAGGUUUGCAUUUGAAUUCAUUGUGUCUGAAGUCGAUCUACACCUCCGCAGACGACACAAUGGCCAGCGACUCGACUUCACGGCGCUCCACAUGCUCAUUCUACCGUCGUCGUCGCAUCCUCCUCAUUCCCGUAUUCUUAAUCAUCUUUUCCCUGUUCUUUAGUACGCCAUGGUCGCUACCUUCUCUCAACCUCUCGGGAAUACAUUCGUCGCUUUCACGUGCCAGUAUUGCUUCGCUAGUCAAAGGACCACCAGUGGAGGAGAUAUAUGGCUUGCUGCACUUUGUGACGAGCGAUGACGAUCGCAUGCUGUCCCACUCGAUAAACCCUGCCGCGCCGAUCGAUCUGAGCGUGUAUCUCGGUGGUGACCAGCCGGAUUGGAAAUCACAUAUGAGAAAGCUGAGAGAAGAGUAUCCAUUGAUCGUAUUCUCGAAGUCAUAUUGCCCAUUCUCAAGGAAGGCUAAGAAGUUAUUGGAGAUGUAUAAUCUUUCUCCUCCCCCUAAAAUCGUCGAAGUCGAUCUUCGAGAUGACUGGGACUUCAUAAAGAUCAUCCUUACUCGUCUUACUGAUCAUUCCACGUUCCCCAAUAUCAUCUUGAAUGGAGAGGGGCUUGGGGGAAGUGACGACCUGCACACGUUGCGUGCGCAAGGCAAGUUGAAGAAGAUGUUUGAGAAUGCGGGAAUGAUUGUAAGGGAGGAUAACGUGAAGGAACAAGAGACGCAAUAGAGUUUGGGAUGUUCACGUCAUUGCGUGCGAUGGGACAUGCUUGAGCUUGAACGUUUGAACGUUGUAUUGUUAAGCAUCUACUUAUGU